AGACGAGGACCAAGCAACCUCAAAUCGGUCGUCCUUAUCUACCAAUAGGGACCCUCAAGAUCGCGAUCGCCUUCCCCUCCUCAUACCCAUCUCCUCCUCUCCACCCGACCUGCACGACUACCAUCAAUACCAGCAAAGCACCAGACGAGAAAGAACAGCACACCGAAAAGACAGUAACUAGGAUGGUCCCACGAUUUCAGCCACGCAUCUCGACACCGAUCGACAUUGCGGUUUCCUCGCUCAGGAGUGAUAGCAUGCCGUUGACGCUAGCCGGCCAAGGCGCUGAGGCAACCAAUAUCGGGCGCCCUUUCGUCAUCUGCGUCGACGCUGGUGCUACUAAGACCCACGCAGUCCUCCUCUUCACGGACACCCUCACGGUUGAAGGAUCCGACUCGUUUGAAGUUAUGGUGGGCUGCGGUAGCUGCAGUGCACUCGGACCUGUCAAGGCAUCGGACGUACUCCGUGCCGCCGUUGUCUCUGUCCUUACGAGGGCUGGUCUUUCCAAGUACAUCUCAGCAACGCCCGACGAUGAUCCUGGCUCAGCGACGCCUCCUCCGAGCCCAAUUUCGGCUGAUGCCAAGCUCUUCGAUGCCAAUGACUUCGAUCAUGACGAGCACAAGUGGCGACAGACUGUAGAGUCCAGAGUCAGGAGAAGCAUGAGCUAUGCCAAGCCUUUGCGCAAUUGCGGGGCUCUUUGGGUUGGACUCGCGGGCAUCAAUUCGCCAGCCGUUGAAGAGGAGAUCAAGGCGCACGUCAUCGACUGGGUAGAGCCUCUUGGCCUGGGGAUCUCAGGCGACCUUUACCUAGGCAAUGACGCUCUCCUGCUCGGCGCUCCGCUGCUCAGCAGCAGCUGCUCGCCCACUGGCCAAGCUGGCAAAGCAAUCUGCCUCAUCGCGGGCACUGGAUCCAUUGGCUUCGCCCUAGGUGCCGCUCAGCACGACGGAUCUAAUGACUGCGAAGACCGCGCCCGCGAAUGCCUCGCUUGCGGCUCCAAUCAUCCCGUAUCCUGCCAGUCAUGCCGCCUCGACAUGAUCCCUGACGAGCUCGCAAUGGCAGCAUCACUCCCCCAGGCAAAGAUCAAGACGCCCAAUGACCUUACCACUCUCGCGCAAGCUGGCGGAUGGGGCUGGCUACUCGGGGAUGAAGGGUCAGGUUACCAUGUCGGUCUCUCUGCUCUACGUCUCCUGCUGCGCAACGAGGAAGAAAGGGCAAGGAGCAGUGAAUCUGCUUCACGUCGACAUCAGAACAAGACCGACCUUGCGCCAUCACCCUUAGCCUCUCUCUUUGAGCGCCAGGCCUGCGCUAUACUCGGUGUAGCAUCAGUUGAGCAGCUAGUACAAGCCACGUACGCUUACCCCUUGGACUCCUUCAAGCAUUGGGUCGCUAGGCUUUGCCCUCUCGUCUUUGCUUGGGCCUUCCCCACGAAGGGCGAAGGAGGCAGUCCCUCUGUCACCAUCGACGAAAAGGAAGACGACGGUUCGCACCGUCUCGCUCGGACCCUGGUAGAAGAGUCGGCCAAUCAUCUUGCUGAUCUCGGAGAUAAGCUUUUCGCCUCUGCCAGCAACGAAGAGGACAAUGAGGUCCCAUCAGGUUGGACCCUCAUCCUCGCUGGCGGACUCUUUGCCAACUCGAAGCCCUUUGUCGAUCUUCUGCUCGAAACUUGGCGGCGCAAGAGGUGCGAAGAUCGAGCCGGUCAAAAUCUCUUCGCCUCGAUCAGGGUGCUCGACCGCCCAGCCAAGGAGGGAGCCAAGGCGCUUGCCGCGCUUGCUAUAGAGGAGGGGGUAAUGGCCCGUGAAGCGGAUGAGGUUCUCAAUUGUUGCAGUGAGCUACCUCACGGCCUCUCUGGGCUAAUGGGCUAGCACAGACAAGGAGGCGGCGACGUCACGGGCGCGAGCCGAUGACGACUGGGCUCUUGAACGCGUAUCCUCGUCACGGCCCCGUCUCUACGCUACCAGGCUGGUCGCAGCGCCUCCUAUUUUUCUCUAGCUUGGCAUCCUCUUGAUCUUCUCACUACGCUAUCUCCUCUGUCGCCACGCC